UUUGUACUCGCAGUGCGUGUCGCUAGGUCGUCGCUGGUCGCUUAUCGCUCAUACGCCCCAUGCUUUGGAUAUAACUUCACCGUUAAACCGAGAAAUUUCGGAAUGCGAAAAAAGUUUCGGAAAGCAAAAGUUCAAAGCAAAUAAAAAAAAGUUCAAGCCGGGGCUUUAAGGCCAGCUCAUCGCAUUUGUCGAGCGGAAAUAAGUGUUAAUUAAAAAAAAAUCAGCUGCAAAAGAUGGCCACAACCUGCAUGCCGCAUUUCACGGAAUAUUUUCAAACCACCACCCAGUCAGAGUUAACAACAAAUGAAAGUGCCAACAGCAGAAGCAGCAGCAGCAGCAGUGGCUGUAGAGAACCGUCCAAAACCAGUGGCUUCUUCUACAGCGCCAGCACACAUUACCAGAGCAAAGUGCAGCAGCUAAUCAGCUUCAGCUUCACCUCAUCGUUCCACCUGCUCUUCAUCACCUGCAUACUGAGCAUCAGCAAAUUCUGCAAUGCGGCGGCGGUAAAUGCCGCCCAUGUGACCGCUGCCACGCCCACUGCCAGCGAGAUAAUGCACAAUCUGAGCGGAUCGGCGCUGCUAGAGCGUCUGAAAGCCAGUACUCUGGGACCCACCCUCGAUCAGCUGAAGCAUCUGGCUCCUGCGGCAGCCAACAGCAUUAGUCCUGGUACAGGAUCUGGCAUGGGAAUCGGGAUGGGACACUUUGGCAGUUCCAUUAAUUCGGUGCUAAACGGAAAUCCUUUAAAGUUCUUGAAUGUGUCAGGAAAAAUCGGCACUCCUUUGGACAUAUCUCUCGGUCUGAGCAACUACUGCGAUGAGAAGCAGUUCCAGUGCUCCACCGGCGAAUGUAUCCCCAUACGGUUCGUGUGCGAUGGCUCCUCGGAUUGCCCGGACCACAGUGAUGAGCGGCUGGAGGAGUGCAAGUUUACAGAAUCAACUUGCAGCCAGGAACAAUUCCGCUGCGGCAACGGAAAGUGCAUUCCGCGAAGAUGGGUCUGCGAUCGGGAAAACGACUGCGCCGAUGGAAGCGAUGAAUCGACGUCCCAGUGCCGAAGCCACACAUGUUCGCCCGAGGAGUUUGCCUGCAAGUCGGGCGAGGGCGAGUGCAUUCCCUUGUCCUGGAUGUGCGAUCAGAACAAAGAUUGUCGCGAUGGAAGCGAUGAGGCGCAGUGCAAUAGGACAUGUCGCUCCGACGAGUUCACCUGCGGCAAUGGACGUUGCAUUCAGAAUCGCUUCAAGUGCGACGAUGACGACGAUUGUGGUGACGGAUCGGAUGAGAAGAACUGCGGGGAAAAGGCGAAAUGCGGAUCCAAUUUCUUCGCUUGCAAAAGUGGACCGUGCAUUCCCAAUCAAUGGGUUUGCGAUGGAGAUUCAGACUGCAGAAAUGGCGAAGAUGAAAUGCAAAACUGCACCGUCAGUCUAUUGAACUUCUGCCAAGCGGGUGAGUUCCAGUGCUCGGAUAGAAUCACCUGCCUGCACAAAUCGUGGGUUUGCGAUGGCGAGGCCGAUUGUCCCGAUGGCGAGGACGAAUCGCAGUCCAACUGCCUAAAAGUGUCCUGUCGUCCGGAUCAGUUCCAAUGCAACGAUCAAAGCUGCAUCGCUGGCCAUCUGACCUGCAACGGGAAGAGGGACUGUGCGGAUGGCAGUGAUGAAAUUAUGUGCGACAUUAGUGCGACGCCAAGGACUUGCAAUGCAACCACUGAAUUCGAUUGCGGCGGUGGUCUGUGCAUCCCGAAUGCCAAGGUCUGCAACCGCAGGAAGGAUUGCCCGAAUGGCGAGGAUGAGCCGGCCGGAAAGUGUGGCAUCAACGAGUGCUCCUCGAAGAAUGGCGGCUGUAUGCACCAGUGUGUGAAUCUGGAGGUGGGUUACCGCUGCGAGUGCCACGAUGGCUAUAAACUGGGCGCCGAUCAACACACAUGUGUGGACAUCGAUGAAUGUGAGACUCCUGGCAUUUGCUCCCAGGUGUGCGUCAACGAGAUCGGAGCCUUUAAGUGCGAGUGCGAGGCGGGCUACAUGAGACUCCUGAAGAAUCACACCAGGUGUAAGGCCAGCGAAGGACAUGCCUCGCUACUUCUGGCCAGGCGCCAUGACAUCCGGAAGAUAGCACUGGAUCGACCGGAAAUGACGUCAAUAGUGAAUAGUACAAAGGCAGCCACGGCUCUGGACUUCGUGUUCCGCACGGGAAUGAUCUUCUGGAGCGAUGUUGCAACCCAGAGUAUUUACAAAGCGCCCAUUGAUGAGGGUAACGAUAGAACGGUGGUGCUGACAAAGUCCUCGGUGACCUCGGAUGGCCUGGCUGUCGAUUGGAUCUAUAACCAUGUCUACUUUACGGACACCCACAAGUGCACCAUCGAACUGACCAACUUCGAGGGCAGCAUGGGCAAGGUCCUGGUAAAGGACUCCCUGGACAUUCCUCGUUCCAUUGCUUUGGAUCCCAUCGAGGGCUGGAUGUACUGGUCCGACUGGGGCGCCUCUCCGCGCAUCGAAAGGGCGGGUAUGGAUGGCACCCACCGCACUGCCAUCAUCACCUACGAUGUUAAGUGGCCAAAUGGCAUCACAUUGGACCUGGUUCAAAAACGCCUUUACUGGGUGGAUGGCAAGUUGAACACCAUCUCGUCGUCAAACUACGAUGGCUCGCAAAGACAUCAGGUGCUCUACUCCGGCGAAUACCUGCGACAUCCCUUCUCGAUCACCACCUUCGAGGACUACGUCUACUGGACCGACUGGGAUAAGCAAGCCGUCUUCAAGGCCAACAAGUUCAAUGGAAUGGAUGUGGAGCCUGUUACGGCGACGCAUAUGUUGGAACAUCCCAUGGUGGUGCACGUGUACCAUCCUUAUCGCCAGCCAGAUGGCGUGAAUCACUGCCAGUCGGUGAAUGGCCACUGUUCUCAUCUUUGCCUGCCAGCUCCCAGGAUUAACGAGCGGAGUCCUCGCAUAUCCUGCGCCUGUCCGACAGGCCUGAAAUUAAUGCCCGACGGGCUAAUGUGCGUCGAAGAUCUUGAAACAAAAACUGGAAACAACCGCACAGACACAUCUAACCAGGUCCACAAAUCUGAUGCCGAAUCAGAAAAUGAUUACGUCGAAAUAGCCUUGCAUGUGAUUGCCAGUUUAGCGGGCACAGCUUUAGUAGCAAGCGUCAUCUAUGUCGUAUACCGACGCUGCACGCGCGCCGUGAACUCGAUGAACUUCGAGAAUCCCGUCUACCACAAGACCACAGAGGACCACUUCAGUCUGGAGAAGAAUGGGACGCCACACAUUUACGCCGCAGCCAAUGACGAGGAGGCCGUCAACCCCCUCUUCAAAUCUGGCACCGAAUGUGUUUAGGCCAAAGACAAUGUUAGCUGCAUAUCCUGCUAAUUCUGGCCGGCUGACCGCGAGCAUCUAAAACUAAAAGCAUCUCCUAAUAGUAAUUCCUUGUUGGACCAAGGCCCAAAAACUGAACUAUUGAGUGCAAGUUUUAUGUGAGAAAUGCGAAGAAUAUGAAACUUAUGUGUAGCAGUAAGAAUAGAAGAAUGCCAAAAAGAAAAUAGAAAAGACAAGAACGACAUCAGCAUGGGGAAAUUGAAAAUACUCAACAAAUUCAAUUUGUUGCCUAGUUUAAAAUUUAAUUUAAAUGUAACAACACUAAACACACGCACACAUAUACAUAUACAUAUACACACUCACACCCAUAAACUAAUAACAACGUAAAACUUUUCUAGGCGCAACGUUUUGACAUCAACUAACGUCGCACCCACCCACACAGACAUCAACGCAUAUCCUUCCACCCACACGUACACCCUCACAAACACACACACACGCAACACACGAACACACACAUACACACAGAAGCCCAGAAGAACUCAAAGAAGGAACGAGCCAGGAUUCAGAGCCAGAAGUCCAACUUUCCUUUCACGUCCAUGAAAUCAAUUGUAAAAAGUUAAGACAUUUCGUUGAAGUUUUGGUACCAAAAGAAACAUUUUGUGAAAUCGAAAAAAAUAGGGAUAAUAGCUAAACUAAAACUGUUUAUAGACCUAACAAUUAUUGUGAUUAGGCAUAGAAUAUUUUUUGUUAUCAAGGAAUUAAUAAAAACAGUUAUUAUCUUGAAACUAAAGUUUUUAGCACCAAGUUGGAUUACUUUUUAGCAAAAUAUUUGAACAAAAUACCCCACUGUAAAUAUAUAAAAUGAGAUGAACUAAAAUAUUUAGACAAAAUUUAUAACGAAAAAAGAUAAAAGAUUUUUAGAGUACUUGAAAUUUUAUUACCUAAAUAUGUUGCUCCGUUUUUCUUUCUUGGGUAUUCAAAACAAUUUGCUGUGAUCAGUUUAAAAGCAUUAGACCUGCAUUAAAUCAUCUUAUUCGUAGUGAUUUUACUAUUCUUCAUUUAUUUAGUGUAUAAACAAGCUUUCAAUCAUUUUAACUUAUUUACGAGUUUUACACAACAUGAAACAAUUUUAAUGUGUAUUGGCAAUUUUUGGUUCCUGUAAAAUGUAUUUUAAUUUAAGCAUGAAAAGUAUUUGCUUUAAUGCUUUUUUGAAACAAAAUAUUAGCUAACUAUAAAUGGUAUGUGUGAAAAUUUGAAUAAAGCAGUUUACGCUAGUAAC